AGUUCAAAGCUUUCGCUUUCGCUUCCAAAGAGCGCACUUGUUGGGACUUCUGCAUUUAAGUUUGCAGUGAGAGAUCUGUUUGUGUGUAAUCUAUCAACUUCAUUGGUAGAGCCACAAGUCUACUAUAUGGUGCCGGAUGUCAUUUAGAAACCAUAACUGGAAUCAAAAAUAGAUAUCCAAGAUUUAAGAUUUAAAGGUGUUCGAGGUGCUUUGCACAAACACGUGACAUUUGAAAGUGGAGUUUUGUUCCAGCAUGCGUCGGAGAUGGAUGAAGGAGCCAAGCUGCAUCUGAAGGACUGGCUGAUAGUUCAGGUAGAGAGUGGGAGAUAUGAAGGACUGUGCUGGGAGGAUGAGGACAAGACCAUGUUCAGGAUCCCCUGGAAGCACGCAGCCAAGAAGGACUACAAUCUGAGGGAGGAUGCGGCUCUGUUCAAGGCCUGGGCAAUAUAUAAGGGAAAAUACAGAGAGGGCCGAGACAGAGCUGAUCCCACCAUGUGGAAGACCCGCCUUCGUUGUGCACUGAACAAGAGCACGGACUUUCAGGAGGUUCCUGAUCGCAACCAGCUGGACAUCACAGAGCCAUACAAAGUCUAUCGCAUCCAACAGGACAGUUUGUCAGUCAGGCCAGAAAAAUGUCAUAUGAUCAGUGAGGCCAAACAGUCUUCAGGAAGCCCCACUGCUCCGGACAAACAGCUUCACUGCCAAAAGGAAGCGUUACAAACAAACAGAGAAGAAAAACCUUUGACAGAUGACCUGAUGAGGGAACACAUGUACUGUGAGUUAUCAGAAAAAAAAGUCCAAAAUCAGGUCCCUGCUUCUAUGAACUUAUUCAGCCCUACACUUCAGAUAUCAGACUUCCGUAUGCAGGUGAUGCUAUUGUACCAUGGCCAGGCUGUGAUGAAAGUGAUCACCAGGAGUAUGGAGGGAUGCUUCAUUCUGCAGGGCCGUGUCCCUCUGGGAAAUGAACGAAUCUAUGGACCCUGUACUGCCCAACAGCUCUCUUUCCCUUCUCCAAGCUCUGUAGCUCUGCCGUCCAGCAUGGCAGACGCAAUGAAUCGCCUUCUUUGUCACCUGGAAAGGGGCGUGCUGCUAUGGGUGGCUCCUGAUGGGGUGUUUAUUAAGCGGUUCUGUCAAGGCAGGGUGUAUUGGAGUGGUCCCAAUGCCCAACACACUGACCGGCCCAACAAACUGGAGCGAGAAAAGACCUUCAAACUGCUUGAUAUACCUACAUUUCUCCAUGGACUCCACAGUUGUUUACAGGGAAAGGGACCAAUACCUUCUUAUGAGAUUGAGCUCUGCUUUGGUGAAGAAUAUCCAGACCCCAAUGUACCAAAACCCAGAAAGCUGAUUAUGGCACAGGUGGUUCCCCUGUUUGCGUUGGAGCUGUUUCAGAAGUUCAACUUGGUAGAGACUGAGGAGAAGCGUCAGAUUCACCUACAGCAGAGUGGGAGGGAAGAUGUUUGAAGACUAAGAGAUCUACGUUGUGGCUUGGACACCAUGGAGGCAGAGGAUAAACAGUUCCGUCCCAUAUAUAUAUAUAUAUAUAUAUAUAUAUAUAUAUAUAUAUAUAUAUAUAUAUAUAUAUAUAUAUAUAUAUACCGAUGUGUGUGUGUGUAUAUGUAUGAUUAAACCAUAUUGAUAAGUUACUGUUAUGUAGAUGCUUGUCUUUCUUUUGUUUCUUUUUAAUGUCAUGAUCCCAUAUCCAGUACAUGUUAAAUGAGUUCAAUAUAUACAUUAUAUAUAUACACAGAUAAUAAACUG